GCCCUUGACUUAGAAUUGACCAUGCCGGCAGGCUUCAAUAUUUUAAGAUUUCAAAUGUUGAAAAGGUCUCCACGCAUCUCACCUUAUAGAAAAUGCUCAUGUAUAAAGCAGCCACCCAUUUCGAGUCCCUGCAAAUGCAAAACCACUGGAUCUACAAAGUGUCUGGGAAAAGAAGAUGAGAUUCUUCAUUAACCUUUCUCUGCUCUGUCUCUUGACAUGGUUUGGGUUCAUUCACCAUGUUAAAUCAGCUUCCCCACUGCGAUCCACCUACAUAGUUCAUAUGGACAAGUCUCUCAUGCCCAAAAUCUUUGCUACCCACCAUCAGUGGUACUCCUCUGCUAUUGAUUCCCUAAAGCAACCCAAUCCCAAAACAUUGGACAGCUCUCAUUCUUCACCCAGUCUCGUGUACACUUAUGACAAUGUUGUACAUGGUUUUAGUGCACAGUUAUCGCUAGAGGAGCUUGAAUCUAUCAAGAAGGCACCAGGGUUUGUCUCAGCUUAUCCUGACAAAAAGAUUAAACAUCGAACCACUCACACUCCUGAGUUCCUGUCCCUCAAUCCUUCAACAGGCAUAUGGCCAGCUUCUAAUUUCGGUGAAGAUGUUAUUAUUGGCAUGGUUGACACUGGAGUAUGGCCAGAGAGUCUUAGCUUCAGAGACGACGGUAUGAGCCCUAUUCCGACUACGUGGAAGGGAAUAUGUGAAGUAGGGCAAGAAUUCAACACCUCCAUGUGCAACUCAAAGCUCAUAGGAGCUCGAUAUUUCAACAAAGGACUGCUAGCUGCUAACCCAAAUUUAACGAUAAGUAUGAACUCGGCUAGGGACACUUAUGGCCAUGGUACUCAUACUGCAUCCACAGCUGCGGGAAAUUAUGUUAAAGGGGCUUCAUUCUUUGGCUAUGCUGAAGGAACGGCAGUAGGGAUUGCGCCACGAGCUAGAUUAGCUAUAUAUAAGGUCAUUUGGGACGAAGGAGCCCAAGACUCCGAUUUUCUUGCCGGUAUAGACCAGGCAGUUGCAGAUGGUGUACAUGUAGUCUCACUCUCAUUGGGAUUCGACUAUGACCUUCCUUUUUAUGAAAACACAAUUGCCAUAUCUUCUUUUGCAGCAAUGGAGAAAGGUGUGCUUGUUUCUCAUGCAGGCGGAAACACUGGCCCAGACUUUGCAUCCUUAUUCGACUCAAUCCCUUGGACAUUGACAGUUGCUGCCGGCAACAUCGAUCGUUGGUUUGCCGGCACAUUAACUUUGGGGAAUGGGUUAUCGAUCACUGGAUGGACUACGUUCCCUGCAAGGGCGUUGGUGGUAAAGUCACCACUAAUAUACAAUGUGACCCUAGCAUCAUGUAAUUCCACAGAGUCGUUAGCUCAAGCCCCUUUUGGGGUCAUAAUAUGUGAAGACAUCGAUGACAGUUUCUUGCAGUUGGGUGUCAUUUCUGGCUCCAAAGUUGCGGCUGCUGUAUUCAUAUCCGAUAAUCCUGAAUGGUUUGAGAUGAAGUUUUUCCCAUGGCCAGGUGUGGUGAUAAGCCCAACCGAUGGAGUUUCCGUUAUCAAAUAUGCAGAAACUAGUGAAAACCCAUGGGCUAGCAUAAGGUUCAAAGAGACCAUACUAGGAGCAAAGCCUGCACCAACUGUAGCUUCCUUUUCUCGAGGUCCUCCUAGAACUUAUGCUGGAAUCUUGAAGCCAGAUUUAAUGGCUCCUGGCUCACUAGUACUAGCCUCUUGGAUACCGACGAAAUAUGCAGCCGGGAUUGGCUCCAAUAUAAAACUGGCUAACGACUACAAUCUACUCACUGGCACCUCCAUGGCUUGUCCUCAUGCUUCUGGAGUGGCUGCACUGUUGAAAGGCUCUCACCCCGAAUGGAGUGCAUCGGCAAUUCGGUCCGCCAUGAUGACCACAGCGAACCCGCUUGAUAACACUAACAAGCCCAUUCGAGAUAGCAGCCAAAACUAUUCAUUUGCUUCACCCCUGGCCAUUGGUUCUGGCCAUAUUGAUCCAAAUCCGGCUCUUGAUCCAGGUUUGAUAUAUGAUAUUACUCCACAAGAGUACGUGAAUCUGCUAUGCUACAUGAAUUACACAGGCAAACAAAUCAUGACAAUCACAAGGUCAAAUCUUUACGAUUGCUCACAGCCAUCUCCAGAUCUAAACUACCCAUCUUUUAUCGCACUUUACCCUAACGGAACAACGACGACGUUGGUUCAAACAUUUCGAAGGACUGUUACCAAUGUUGGAGAUGGCGCAACAACUUAUAAUGCAGAGGUGAUAGCACCGGUGGGCUCUAGUGUUAUGAUCUCACCAUCCAAGUUGGUUUUCCAAAAGAAGUACGAGACAAAGAUGUAUAGUUUGACAAUAAAGUAUGAAAGCAACGAGAAUGGCAUGGUGACAUAUGGUGCGCUUGUUUGGAUUGAAGAUAAUGGAACACACACAGUAAGGAGUCCAAUUGUGGUGUCACCAGAGAUUACUCUUUAAGCUUAUCAAGGCCACCCAAGCUACAUGAUUUCCUGGAUGUUAUAUGUCUCUAAAGAAGUGUCCUUUACAACUAUUUUAGUAUUUCUUUAGGAUGUAUUUCAAAAUGAUGUGAGUCGCCUCUAACUAUUAAGGCAUACAAAUAGUAUUGUCAUGCCCCAUCCUAAAUUGGGGUGCUCCCCCGCAGCUCACUUCUAAGGCAUUGCAAGGGAGUCCCAUAUCAGUACCUAGAAAAUCCAUAAUAAUUGUGUGUAACAGGCAAAUCUCCCAAUUAUAAUAAGAUACAUCCACGUGUUUCAUUCCAUGGUCCGA